AUGGAGGGGCUGCCCACGGCAGGCCAGCACCUCUGGAGCCAGGCAGACUGGCAGUACCGUGCAGACUGCAAGUUCACCUGGCUCUGCGUGGCUCUGAUGAGCAUCGUCCUCCUCUUCCUCAUCUCCCUCCUGCUGGGCAUCGUCAUCCACCAGCUGACGUCCCCACAGCCACCCAGCGCCCCAGCUGCAGCCCUGCCUGCCCGGGGCACCAUCACUACCACCACCACCACCACUGCAGCACCCACCCGAAGGGAUUUCCUGGCCCCUGGGACAGCUGCCACCCCAAGGCAGAGCUGGCUGCCCACAACCAGCACCCCAGCAGCAGCCUGUGGUGGGACCCUGCUGGGCCCUGAGGGCUCCUUCAGCUCUCCCAACUACCCGGGCCCCUACCCACCCGAUGCCCUCUGCAUCUGGCACAUCCUGGUGGGCCCUGGCCUCAGCAUCCAGCUGAGGAUGGAGACGUUCAGCGUGGAGGGCACAGCCUCCUGCCUCUUCGACCGCCUGGAGCUCUACGAGGAGCAAGGGGCUGGUGGCACAGAUCCUGCCCCAGCUCGGGGGAACCCGACCAGGUUCUGUGGCAACGUGGCCCCCCCGACCUUCAACAGCAACUCCAACCACCUGCGUGUCACCUUCAUCUCGGACAGCAGCGUGGGAGCCCCGGGCUUCAGAGCUCACUACCGAGCCCUGGCCCCCAGCCAGAAGAGCUGUGCCUGGGAUGAGCACUUCUGUGACCAGGGGCUGUGCCUCCAGCUGAGCUUUGUCUGUGAUGGCUUCCACGACUGUAGGGACAGGAGUGAUGAGGCCAACUGCAGCCUGAAGCACAAAGAGUGUGGGGGGGCACUGACUGCCUUGGAGGGACACUUCUCCACCCCGAGCCAUCCCCAGCCAUACCCACACCAGCAGCUGUGCCUCUGGCAGAUCUCAGUGCCCGUGGGCCACGUCAUCGACCUGCACUUCCACAACUUCAGCCUGGAGCCCCACGAGGACUGCAGCUUUGACUUCGUGGAGGUGCACGACAGCGCAGGCACGGGGGCUGCCAGCCUGAUGGGCAGGUUCUGUGGCCACCAGCUGCCACCCACCCUCACCUCCUCACGCCACGUCAUGACCAUCCUCUUCGUGGCAGACGAGGGAGUAGCAGACGACGGGUUCUUUGCCACCUACCAAGCCCGAAAUGCCACAGAGAAGACCUGCAGCCCCACGGAGUUCUCCUGUGGAAAUGGUGAGUGCCAGGCACUGGAGUCUGUGUGUGACGGGUGGCACGACUGCCCUGAUGGCACCGAUGAGCUGAACUGCACUGGGGUCUCCUACCCAUCCUUUGGGUCUGUCUGUGAGCCUGUGGAAGUGGAGAUGUGCCUGGGGCUGGGCUAUAACACCACCUCCUUCCCCAACAUCUGGCUGGCCAUCCCAGACCAGGAGGGAGCAGCCGAGGUGCUGCAGGACUACCAGACACUGAUGGAGCUUGCCUGCUACCAGCACCUUCGCCUGCUCAUCUGCAGCCUCUUUGUGCCCAAGUGCAUCCCUGAUGGGGGUGUCCUGCAGCCCUGCAGGGCUGUGUGCCUGGCUGCAGAGCUGCGGUGCCAACAGUCCUUUGGCCUCCUUGGCAUCCUCUGGCCCAUCAACUGCAACAUCCUGCCGGACUCCACUGACCCCAUAGAAUGCUUCCAGCCCUGA